AUGGCUGAGUUUAAAACGCCUAUCAAAACUAAAGGUCGGGAUCGAGAUGAAACAAUAACAAUACCUCCGUCGCCGUUUUUGAACAGACUUGGAUAUGGAACUGGUGUGAAUGUGAUGCAGCUAGUUAGAUCACCUCGGGCGGGACAAGUCCGUUCGCCAUGGGCUUUGAAGAUGCUGAACCGGCGUGUGAAACCAAACAAGGUUUACACGCAUCGCUUGAAAGCUGAAGCUGACCUACUACGUCGCAUGUCACACCCUAACAUUGUUGGGUUCCGCGCGUUUAGCAAUGCAAAGAUCUUGUACCUGGGUAUGGAGGCGUGUGACCUCUCCCUGGGUGAUAUGAUUGAGAAAAGGAUUGAAACCAAUAGCGAGCCUUUCCUUCCUAGACAAAUGUUAAAGGUUUGUGCAGAUAUAGCCAGUGCCCUACACUAUCUUCACACAAACAUGCAAAUUCUGCAUGGAGACAUGAAGUCAUACAACAUCCUGGUGAACGGAGAUUUUGUAAUCUGCAAGCUUUGUGACUUUGGUGUCUGCCUGCCCCUUGAUGAGAAUGGUGUCUUUGACAAAACUAUGGCUGGAAAAGCUACAUACUUUGGUACAGAAGCUUGGAGUGCUCCAGAAGUAAUUCACGGAGGUGAGAUCUCCAGUAAGACAGACAUCUGGCCGCUGGGGCUCACUCUGUGGGAGAUGAUGGCCCUGGUCCCUCCACACACACAGACAGAAGACACAUACAUGGAGGAUGAUAGUAUACAGUGCCUGGAUGAUUCCAUGGACAGUGUGACUGAUUACUUCUCAGAUAGAUAUGGUACCAGGCCAGCUGUACCAGUAAAUAUCUCAGAGAAGGUGUACAUACAUCCCCUCGCCCUGUUCCACUGCUGCACGGAGACAAUGCCAGCCAUGCGACCCUCGGCACAGCAUCUGUCUAUAGCUGCAGUGGACAUGUUGGAACAAUGCGAGGCAGGACGAUAA